AUGGUUCAACGUAGGAACCAUCAAUUUGUAUCCUUCCGUGCACAGCUAGCGUCAGUCAGUAAGGAGUUCUACGAGUUAUGGGAACGAAUUGAGCUGUUGAUGGACGAUGUUGAUGAUGCUGAUGCUGACAAGGAAACGCAGGAGAAGGGAAAUCUGCUAGCUUUGAGUAGUUUCGAGGAGCGAUAUUACUUCGUGAAGGGCAGUUUGUUGUCGAAGCAGACCCCACUAUCAUCUACAUUGAUGUCAGUCGGAAAUGGUCACCUUGGUGACCGAUCCGAAGCAUCAUUCUCGAAGGUGAAACUUCCAGAAAUUCGCCUUCCGUCGUUUGGUGGGAGGAUUAAGGAGUGGGUUACGUUCCGGGAUAGUUCCCGCAGCCUGAUCCACGAAAACAAGCAGCUAACCGAUAUGGACAGGUUCAGCUAUCUGUCGGUGAAUUACAGCGUAGCGUGGAAGGCGCUUGAGUCCCGCUACGAGAACAAGAAGCUGAUUGUGAAGGCACAUCUGGACUCCCUUUUUGUCGUGGAAGGCUUCAAGCGAGAAAGCUACGACGGACUGAGCAAUCUCAUCAGCGUUUUCGAGAAGAACCUGCAAAUGCUAAAGAAGUUCGGCGAAGAAACUGCUGCAUGGAGUACGAUUCUCGCAUACAUGGUGUAUUCCCGACUGGAUCCUGCCACUCUACGGCAGUGGGAAGCACACCACAACGCAAAGGGUGUACCGACGUAUGAAAACCUAAUCGGUUUCCUUCUAAAUCAUUGUGCAGUGCUGGAAUCCGUCGCCCCGACGAACUCCAUCGAGAAGCCGUUCCAUUCUGAUCAACGGUCGUCGAAGUCAUCCGUGUGUCACAGUACCGUGAGAUCUUCAAGCUAG